AUGUUCAGAGGAAUCUACAGAGGAACACAAAAACAUCAAGAUGACUUUUUGGAUGUGGUAGAGAGAGCAGUCAAAGUUGGCAUUAAAAAGUUUUUGAUUACAGGUGGGAGUCUACAAGAUAGUAAAGACGCAUUGCAGCUGGCACAGACAAAUGACAUGUUUUAUAGUACAGUUGGCUGUCAUCCUACCCGCUGUGGAGAAUUUGAGCAGGGUAGCCCUGAACAGUAUUUAUCUGAAUUAAAAAACCUGAUUGAAAAAAAUAAGACGAAGGUCAUAGCAGUUGGAGAAUGUGGCUUAGAUUUUGAUAGAUUAGAAUUUUGCCCAAAGGACAUCCAACUCAAGUAUUUUGAAAAACAGUUUGAGCUUUCAGAACAGACACAACUGCCCAUGUUUCUCCACUGUAGAAACUCACACACUGAAUUUUUAGACAUUAUGAGAAGAAACCGAGAUAGAUUUGUAGGAGGGGUGGUACAUUCUUUUGAUGGCACAAAGGAAGAAGCAGCAGCUAUAUUAGAUUUGGAUCUUUAUAUUGGAAUAAAUGGCUGUUCAUUGAAAACAGAAGCCAACUUGGAAACACUGAAAUCAAUUCCUAGUGAACGAUUAAUGAUAGAGACUGAUGCACCUUGGUGUGGAGUGAAAAAUACUCAUGCUGGAUCAAAAUACAUUAAAACUACAUUUCCUACAAAAAAGAAAUGGGAAAUAGGGCACUGCUUGAAGGACAGAAAUGAACCCUGCCAUAUAAUUCAAAUACUGGAAAUAAUGGCGGCAGUAAGAGAAGAUGACCCACUUGAGUUGGCCAAUACUCUAUAUAACAACACUAUUAAAGUCUUCUUUCCAAAUAUAUAAAGUUGUUUUUCUUACAUUUAUUCAGCAUAACUUUAGCAAAUAUAUUGCAAAAACUUAAAAUCUGCAAGUUCUUAUCAAUGGAAGCCAGUAUGUAGUGCUUUUUUUUUUUUUUUAUGGUACAAGAUUAAAGCUG